AUGGCGGCGAUCAUCAUCUUUCUGGCCUCGUUAGCAGCGGGCAAAGUCGUUCAAGUGCGCAGAGAGAAGAAAGACAAGGAACAUAGGGUUCAGCAUGGCCUUCCACCCUCUUACGAUGACCGAUCCUAUUCUUCUCUUGAGUCCUCUACACUGCCCACGACACGUUCGAAGCGGACAGGAUGGCGCGAAAAGCUGAGGCGGAAGUCACAUUCAGAUACGACGAGGAAUCACACGAGUACGGAGACUGCAUCGCUCGCUCCACCGGCGUACAACCGAUAA